AUGGGUGAGAGGAAGAAAACCAUAACGACCAACUGGAAGUUUGAGAAUAGCUACCAGCACCACGUCCGAGCUCGCGUGGGUGAAAUGAUGCUGUUCACCGUGCUCUGUGGCUUGGCGUCCCUCGUUGCCGCUUUUACAAUUGCCGCAGGCAGAUACAGCGUACGCAGAAGCCGAAGCAAUGUUAUAGCGUCUCUGAACCAGCAGCAUGUUGUAAUAAUCACCGGAUGCGACUCCGGUCUUGGCUUCAAUCUGGCGCGCACGUGCUUGCAGGCCAACAUGACGGUGAUUGCGACAUUCCUCAACGUAAAUUCGGAGGGCCGUAGGAAGCUGACGGAAAUGGCCGCUAUGGGGGGUCGCCUCAUUCCACUUAUGCUUGACUUAAAGCAUCAAUUCAGCAUCUGGGAUGCACACGAUGCCGUGCAAAACCUGUUCGAAACAGAGCUCCGCGAUUGUCGACUGUACGCGAUUGUGAACAACAGCGGUGUGUUGUGUAUCGGCGAAGCAGAGAGGCAGUUGCCUGCCAUUACCAUAAGACAGGUGUCGAUGAAUCUGAGUGGUCUGCUGCAGUUUACUAUACCGCUGUUGGAUAUACUACGACAGGACCGCGGCCGGCUGGUACUCGUCACCAGUCAUUGCGGUCAGCAACCGCUUCCCGGAUUGAGCGUUUACUCAGCCAUAAACGCAGCCCUACACGCCUGGUGUACCGCUGUGAGACUCGAACUGGCACCCCAUCAUACGCCGGUGGUCGAGCUUGUGCCCGGCUCGUUCCUGUUUCACUCGGACAUCUGUUCCGGACAAGCGCAACUUUUCGACUUAAUGUGGUCCUUCAUGAAGCCCGAGCAACAGCUUUAUUAUGGGACCUAUUUCCAGCGUUACCGCGAUUACUCGGUGACACUGUUUAGACGCCGCCCGAUCGAACCGUUUCCGGCUCCACUGCUGGAAUGCGUUCAUGGCGCGCUGUUCGAUAAGCAUCCGAAGGCGAUCUACAAAUGCCAAUCGUGGCGCUACUGGGCAUACUACACCGCACUCGCUUUCACACCGCGCAUUGUGCGCGACAAACUAAUUCGCCGUUUUCUAGCUAUGCCUGAGUACAGUGCGGACAACUAA